UCUCGAUAAUAUAAAAAAAAUACAUUAAUUGGCAGAAAAAGUAACUGAGCUCGCUUUAUAUAUAUAAGCACGUCUUCUCUAUCCUGAUACCUCAAGAACGACUUCAAUAUAUACUUCAAAAGAUAAAUACCUGGAGAUGUCGGGAGUGUGGGUGUUCAAGAAUGGCGUCAUUCGGCUAGUGGAGAAUCCCGGAGCUGAUGAGACGAACACUGUGAAGGCAAAGCGAAAGGUUCUGGUAUACACUCCAAGCAACGAGGUCAUAACCUCUUACUCACAUCUCCAGCGACAUCUAUACGCACUUGGCUGGGAACGUUACUACGGGGAGCCUAAUCUCCUUCAGUUCCACAAAGCAUCCACCGUUCAUCUCAUCUCACUCCCUACUGAUUUCUCCAGGUUUAAGACGAUGCACAUGUACGAUAUCGUCGUCAAGAACCGCAAUAUGUUCCAAGUAAGGGAUAUGUAGCCAUAUUUUGGCGGUUUUCUAUUUUCAGGCUCUUAUCCGUAAGACUGGUUAUGUGCACGUGGUGUGUGUUUGGUAUGUGCUUUGUAUUUGAAUGUUUGAUGUUGUAUAUAUGUACUAUUCCGGAUAUAUUAACAUGCAAGUAGUCUAAUUUGUAUAUGAAUACCGACCUUU